AUGUGUCGGUGGUUCGCCUACAUCUCGCCUGAUGAAGAGUGCCUACUGGAGGACGUGCUCAUCACCCCCGAACACGGCAUUGCCAAACAGGUCCAUGACCACUACUUACCAAAACUCUUCUCGCACGCCCCUGGCGAGCAGACGUCGAAGCUCGAGAUCACCUUGCGCAACCGCCUCAACAACGUCGACGGCUUCGGCUUGGUGUGGUACACGCCCGUACGCUCCUCGUUCAUCAACAGCGUCGAAGGCAUCCGGCCGGCCACGUACAAGAAUGCGCAACCGCCGAACAAUGACGCAAACUUCCACAGCAUCUGCGCCGGCACGUCCACGACGGCCGCGUUCGCGCACAUCCGCGCCGCAACGGGCGCCUCGGUGGCGGCGAUCAACAACCACCCCUUCGUGUUUGGGCGGCACACGAUCAUGCACAACGGUCUGAUCUCGCACUUCACCGACAUCCACCGGCCGCUGCUCACGCUGCUGGAGAAGUCGGCGUACGAAAACAUCCACGGCACUACCGACUCGGAGCACCUCGCGGCCUUGUACAUGACCAACCUGACCCGGUCGGCCGGCGGCGGCCCGCAGAGCUGGGAGCGGCAGUACACGCCGCAAGAAAUGCUGCGCGCGCUGGUCGAGGCCUUCCACGCCAUCAUCCGCCUGCAACAGGAGACGCUGGGUGCCGAGAACGUCCAGGCGUGUUCCAUGAACGUGUGCUGCACCGACGGCGAGCAGCUGAUCGCUGUGCGUCUGCGCAACCACGCGGUCGAGAACCCGCCCAGCCUGUACUACAGCACCACCGCCGGCGUCACCCUCAACAGGAAGUACCCGGACAAUGCCUCGGGCGCGAAGAACCCCAAUGCCACCCUGAAGCCCGAGGACCACGGCAAGCACGUCAUCGUGGCCAGUGAGCCCACGACGUACAAGAUCGUGGAGUGGAAGGUGAUUGAGAAGAAUCACGGCGUCGUGGUCGACAAGGAUGGAAAUUGUACCGAGGAGGCGAUCGAAAUGCCCAAGGAUCUUCUCGCCCAGGCGGCUACGGGACGGCAUUUCUGA